AUGGUUGACAUGUCUGGCUUCCUCCCACAAAAUAUCGGGAAAUACGGGAAUUUUUUGGAAAAUGCCUGGGUGGGCUCUCUCUCCAUGGGCAUGAUCUUCUUCUGCUCGCCCAUCGUCAGCGUCUUCACCGACAUCCUAGGAUGCAGAAUCACCGCUGUGGGUGGAGCUGCUGUCGGCCUGGUCGGCCUCCUGGCCAGUUCUUUUGUCACGUCUCUGGGCCCCAUGUACUUCACCUAUGGCAUCGUCUUCUCCUGCGGCUGCUCCUUCGCCUACCAGCCCAGUCUGGUGAUCCUGGGCCACUACUUCAAGAAGCGCCUGGGUCUGGUGAACGGCAUCGUGACGGCCGGCAGCAGCAUCUUCACCAUCACUCUGCCCUUUGCGCUGUCCAUCCUGCUGGGCCGGGUGGGCCUGCAGAACACCAUGCGGGUCCUCUGCAUCCUCAUGUUCGUGCUCAUGCUGGCCGGCUUCACCUACAGACCUCUUCUGCCCGCCAAGACCAGGACCACUCGGGGCUUUUGUCCACCCAUGAGCCAGAUCUUCAAUAUCAACAUCUGGAAGUCUGUGGGAUAUCGCAUCUGGGCUUUUGGCAUCCCUGCUGCUCUUUAUGGCUACUUUGUGCCCUACGUUCAUCUGAUGAAACAUGUUGAGGAGCGUUUCGGAGAAGAUUCCAACAAAGAAGUCCUCCUCAUGUGCAUCGGCAUCACGUCCGGUGUGGGCCGGCUCAUCUUUGGCAGGGCAGCAGACUACAUACAAGGGGUCAACAAGGUCUACCUGCAGGUGACGUCCUUCUUGGUCAUCGGUCUGAUGUCUAUGAUGAUCCCGCUGUGUCACGUGUUUGGAGGUCUGAUUGCCGUGUGUCUGCUGAUGGGCAUGUUUGAUGGCUGCUUCAUCUGCAUCAUGGCUCCCAUCGCCUUCGAGCUGGUUGGCCCCGCUGACGUCUCCCAGGCCAUCGGCUUCCUGCUGGGCCUCAUGUCUGUGCCCAUGACUGUGGGACCACCCAUUGCAGGCUUUCUACGGGACCGCCUGGGGAACUACGACCUGGCCUUCUACCUGGCAGGUAUCCCCCCGAUCAUCGGCGGAGCCAUGCUGUGCGUCAUUCCCUGGGUGGAGGCCAGGAACAAGAGGAGGCAGAAGGAGGACGCCCUGAAGAGCGAGCAGGACGUCACCCAUAAGAUGUUGGACCAGGACAAAGCUCAGGAAGACGCGCCGGUCAAAGCCGGAGAGUCGGUCCUCUAAUGAAGGACGUGACUCAGACAUUACGCGUCACGCCAUCACAGAUCACUAGCCGUGCCUUUCAGUAUCACGAGGAGAGCAGCUUUAAUUUACCAGGAAUGAUCACCAGGACACUCUCCUGGAAGAUGGACGACACUAAAGGGAAAGAAGUCCACACUAGCACCUGCUAGGAACAUCCACGCAUUUCAUGUUAGGCCGUGUCUCAACUCUCAUACUUCUCUUCUGAGUGCACACUUCUCUACUUACACUUACCCGCUCCACUACGACUCAAAUAGCACGUGCUAAAUAGGGCGGGCAAACUUUAAAACUGCGUGUACUACUCGUGGGCGCGUGAUCUACUAAGACUGCGCGUGCAACUGAUAACAAGCGGCACCCACAUGUGCCCAUGGAAACACUCAUUUACUGCACAGCCUGGUUUUCAUUCUCCAACCAGUGAGCGAUGUUGAACUAUUAUAGCUCACGUCUAUAAUUUGUGCCACCUUUCUGCUAUUCCCAAUUCUCCAGACGUUUUCCUGACGAUACGUGAAUCUGAAUAUUUUUUUUGUGUACCGGGCCCUCCAAAAUAUCGAAUCUUUCACCAGAACUCACGCACUUUCACAACUUGGUGAGUUUUCAGGCCGUCAAGGGCCUCAAAAAGAUGCGAUGGGAGUGGGAGAAUAAUAAUGCGAGCAGUGUUCAACGGGGCCGAGGGGCUUCACGCCAGUUUGCCGGCACGCAUUACGCCGGUGAUCACGUCCGCCACGAUGCCACAUGACCACCACCGAAUAUUUCAGGAAGAUCAGAGCGUGCAUCAGUUAAUUAUCCACCUCCCAUCCACUAAAGUGCAGAAAUGACCGUUAGAUUGGCGAUGGCAGUUUUUGCCAAUAAGCUCCGCCCACUACGAGUACGCAGGAGCAGGUGCAUCGCCAAUAUGUGUAGUAUCUGUCCUUUUAAUCACCACUCGUUUGGUCAAAGUUCGUAAAAGUACGACCAGAUUUUUUCGCCAAAAAAUGGCCAACAACCAUCGAACAAAGUUUGGCGCCAAGCCACGCCCACAAUUUAUGGCUUAGUGCAAAAUUUGUUUGCAAUUUAUAAUCACCAAUAUAUGUAGUGUCUGUCGUUUUAAUCACCACUCAUUUGGUCAAAGUCCCUAGCAGGAGUUCGUAAAAGUACGACACCUUUUUUUCGCCAAAAAAUGGCCAACAAUCUGAGAAAAGUUGUGCGCCAUGCCCCGCCCACAUUUUAUGGCGUCGGCAAAAUAUGUUCGCAAUUUAUAAUCGCCAAUAUGUGUAGUAUCUGUAGUUUUAAUCACCAAUCAUUUGGUCAAAGUCCCUAGCAGGAGUUCGUAAAAGUACGUCCUCUUUUUUUUCACCAAAAAAUGGCCAACAACCAUCGAGCAAAGUUUGGCGCCAAGCCACGCCCACAAUUUAUGGCGUGGUGCAAAAUUUGUUUGCAAUUUAUAAUCUCCUAUAUAUGUAGUGUCUGUAGUUUUAAUCACCACUCAUUUGGUCAAAGUCCCUAGCAGGAGUUCGUAAAAGUACGACACGUUUUUUUUCGCCAAAAAAUUGGCAAACAAUCAUCGCACAGAAAUUUGGCGCCACGCCCACAUUUUAUGGCGUAUUGCAACAGUUUUUUACAAUUUACUAUCGCUUAUAUGUGUAGUAUCUGUCAUUUUAAUCACCACUCAUUUGGUCAAAGUCCCUAGCAGGAGUUCGUAAAAGUACGACCAGAUUUUUUCGCCAAGAAAUGGCCAACAACCAUUGAGCAAAGUUUGGCCCCAAGCCACGCCCACAUUUUAUGGCGUCGGCAAAAUAUGUUUGCAAUUUAUAAUCGCCAAUAUGUGUAGUAUCUGUAGUUUUAAUCAUGACUUGUUUGGUCAAAGUCCCUAGCAGGAGUUCGUAAAAGUACGACCCUUUUUUUCUUCACCAACAAACAUUGGAGCAAAGUUUAGCGCCAUGCCACACCCACAUUUUAUGGCCUAGGCAAAAUUUGUUCGCAAUUUAUAAUCGCCAAUAUGUGUAGUAUCUGUAGUUUUAAUCACCACUCAUUUGGUCAAAGUCCCUAGCAGGAGUUUGUAAAAGUAUGACACCUUUUUUUCCGCCAAGAAAUGGCCAACAAUCAUCUGAGAAAAGUUGGGCGCCAUGCCCCGCCCACAUUUUAUGGCAUAGUGCAAAUUUGUUCGCUAUUUAUUACCAUCUAUAUGUGUAGUAUCUGUAGUUUUAAUCACCAAUCAUUUGGUCAAAGUCCCUAGCAGGAGUUCGUAAAAUUACGUCCAGAUUUUUUCGCCAAAAAAUGGCCAACAACCAUCGAGCAAAGUUUGACCCCAAGCCACACCCACAAUUUAUGGCGUAGUGCAAAAUUUGUUCGCAAUUUAUAGUCGCCAAUAUGUGUAGUAUCUGUAGUUUUAAUCACCAAUCAUUUGGUCAAAGUUCCUAGCAGGAGUUCGUAAAAGUACGACACGUUUUUUUUCGCCAAGAAAUGACCAACAACCAUCGAGCAAAGUUUAGCGCCAAGCCACGCCCACAAUUUAUGGCGUAGUGCAAAAUUUGUUUGCAAUUUAUAAUCUCCUAUAUAUGUAGUGUCUGUCGUUUUAAUCACCACUCCUUCGGUCAAAGUCCCUAGCAGGAGUUCGUAAAAGUACGACACGUUUUUUUUUCGCCAAAAAAAUGGCCAACAAUCAUCGGACAAAAAUUUGGCGCCAUGCCACGCCCACAUUUUAUGGCGUAUUGCAACAGUUUUUUACAAUUUACUAUCGCUUAUAUGUGUAGUAUCUGUCAUUUUAAUCACCACUCAUUUUUUUCGCCAAAAAAUGGCCAACAAUCAUCGGAGAAAAGUUGGGCGCCAUGCGCCGCCCAACUUUUAUGGCGUCGGCAAAAUAUGUUCGCAAUUUAUAAUCGCCAAUAUGUGUAGUAUCAGUAGUUUUAAUCACCACUCGUUUGGUCAAAGUCCCUAGCAGGAGUUCGUAAAAGUACGACCAGAUUUUUUCGCCAAAAAAUGGCCAACAACCAUCGAGCAAAGUUUGACCCCAAGCCACACCCACAAUUUAUGGCGUAGUGCAAAAUUUGUUCGCAAUUUAUAGUCGCCAAUAUGUGUAGUAUCUGUAGUUUUAAUCACCAAUCAUUUGGUCAAAGUCCCUAGCAGGAGUUCGUAAAAGCAUGACACCUUUUUUUCGCCAAAAAAUGGCCAACAAUCAUCGGACAAAAGUUUGCCGCCAUGCCACGCCCACAUUUUAUGGCGUCGGCAAAAUAUGUUCGCAAUUUAUAGUCGCCAAUUUGUGUAGUAUCUGUAGUUUUAAUCACCACUCAUUUGGUCAAAGUCCCUAGCAGGAGUUCGUAAAAGUAUGACAACUUUUUUUUCGCCAAAAACUGGCCAACAAUCAUCGGAGAAAAGUUGGGCGCCAUGCCCCGCCCACAUUUUAUGGCGUCUGCAAAAUAUGUUCGCAAUUUAUAAUCGCCAAUAUGUGUAGUAUCUGUAGUUUUAAUCACCAAUCAUUUGGUCAAAGUCCCUAUCAGGAGUUCGUAAAAGUACGACAACUUUUUUUUCGCCAAAAAAUGGCCAACAACCAUCAAGCAAAGUUUGGCCCCAAGCCACGCCCACAAUUUAUGGUGUAGUGCAAAAUUUGUUCGAAAUUUAUAGUCGCCAAUAUGUGUAGUAUCGGUAGUUUUAAUCACCAAUCAUUUGGUCAAAGUCCCUAGCAGGAGUUCGUAAAAGUACGACAACUUUUUUUUCGCCAAAAAAUGGCCAACAAUCAUCGGAGAAAAGUUUGGCGCUAAGCCCCGCCCACAAUUUAUGGCGUCGUGCAAAAUUUGUUCGCAAUUUAUAGUCGCCAAUAUGUGUAGUAUCAGUAGUUUUAAUCACCACUCAUUUGGUCAAAGUCCCUAGCAGGAGUUCGUAAAAGUACGACACGUUUUUUUUCGCCAAAAAAAUGGCCAACAAUCAUCGGACACAAAUUUGGCGCCAUACCCACAUUUUAUGGCGUAUUGCAACAGUUUUUUACAAUUUACUAUCGCUUAUAUGUGUAGUAUCUGUCGUUUUAAUCACCACUCAUUUGGUCAAAGUCCCUAGCAGGAGUUCGUAAAAGUACGACACCUUUUUUUCGCCAAAAAAUGGCCACCAAUCAUCGGAGAAAAGUUGGGCGCCAUGCCACGCCCACAUUUUAUGGCGUCUGCAAAAUAUGUUCGCAAUUUAUAAUCACCAAUAUGUGUAGUAUCGGUAGUUUUAAUCACCAAUCAUUUGGUCAAAGUCCCUAGCAGGAGUUCGUAAAAGUACGACACCUUUUUUUUGCCAAGAAAUGGCCAACAACCAUCGAGCAAAGUUUGGCGCCAAGCCACGCCCACAAUUUAUGGCGUAGUGCAAAAUUUGUUCGCAAUUUAUAGUCGCCAAUAUGUGUAGUAUCUGUAGUUUUAAUCACCACUCAUUUGGUCAAAGUCCCUAGCAGGAGUUCGUAAAAGUACGACAACUUUUUUUUUACCAAAAAAAAUGGCCAACAAUCAUCGGAGAAAAGUUGGGUGCCAAGCCCCGCCCACAUUUUAUGGCGUCGGCAAAAUAUGUUCGCAAUUUAUAGUCGCCAAUAUGUGUAGUAUCGGUAGUUUUAAUCACCACUCAUUUGGUCAAAGUCCCUAGCAGGAGUUCGUAAAAGUAUGACACCUUUUUUCCCCCAAAAAAUGGCCAACAACCAUCGAGCGAAGUUUGGCCCCAAGCCACGCCCACAAUUUAUGGCGUAGUGCAAAAUUUGUUCGCAAUUUAUAGUCGGCAAUAUGUGUAGUAUCGGUAGUUUUAAUCCCCAAUCAUUUGGUCAAAGUCCCUAGGAGGAGUUCGUAAAAGUACAAACAAACAAACUUUUUUUCGCCAAAAAAAUGAAAAAACGAAAACCAAGAUGGCCGACUUCCUGUUCGUUUCCAGGUAUGGGUUCCUGUGACUUUUACGUGCGUCCCGUCAUGAGAGACGUCUCCUGACAUUUUCGUGUUGAUAUGUUGAAAUUUUUUUUAAAAAUCUGAUUUUAAAGGUGGCGCUAGAGAGACGAUUUUCAAAUGUAAUUUCCGGCACCUCAAAAAUGUACAAUUGUUGGCCCCAGCUGAGGCGCCUGCAAAACACGGGCACUUUUGGUGCGUGUUAAUGGCCUCAAAAAGGCUCUCAAAGUCAUGGAAGAAAACACACAACUAAGAAUUAGAAAGGGACUAAUUAUUGCGCAAUGUCAGCACUCGAGCACUUAAGUGUGCACUCGUGUCCAGAGGCAAGUAUUGGUGUUGAGACAUCGUCAUGAGCGGCCUUCAGGCCACGUCAAUCCACUCAAACGGGAGUUGACAACUUUUUGCUGUAGUAUUAGUGAUCUGAGGAGGUCAUGUGACUGAGGAGGUCAUGUGACAUGAAUUGCCUGCAGGAAGUAACAAGUUCAAAAAGGACCACUUGUAGGAGUCAUAAUGAAAAAAGGGAGGUGUGUUUAAUUGUGGACCAAAGUGAGGAAAAGGCUGUUUUUCAUGUUGUAUUUAUUUGUGCCGAGUCCGCAGUAAUUGUUUGCUUCCAACCAAAUGUGCUGACGUGGCGGGAAAUCCAAAUGUUUUCUUUUCUUCUCGCGCAGUAAUUCUUGUUUUGGUGCUUAGUGAUCACGAGCCUGCCAGCGCGUUACCUCAAGGCGUGGAGAAGUCGCACGCGUCUCCGUCCGUUUUGGCCGAUCAGCUGACAAUCCUUUUUUAUUUUUUUUUUAUUUUUAUGAGCGCCGCAAACCUGAGAGACGCAAGGUGGUCACACCCGACUCUUCGCAGGAAGUGGCUCUGACCACGCAGCUUGUGCAUUGAAGAGCAUUUUAUGCUAACGAGGGAUCAACACACAAAAUGGAGUCUAAUUAAUUUGUUUUUCGUCUUAAAGUCCAAACAUUUUUUUUUUAAGGAUGCAAGAGCCAUUUUUACAUGUUUUUAUUUUGCAUAAAAAAGGCAACAACAAAAAAAUUCCCAAUAUACAUUUAAUGGGAACAACCGCCUCCAUGUCAGCUUUGUGUGAUUAGUAUUAAUUGCAACAGUAUGUACUUAUAUUUACAGGUAGCCUAUUGUUUUUGUAUUUUUACAAUAUUCUGCAGACCAAUUAUUAACGAGCUAGGGGCCUCACUUUGUAUCCUCAUUGCAUGGAUUCAUGGGGCCCCAUUCAUGGGGGGGUCCCGCUUGAGAGAUUUUAGCAAUGCAGUCUGCUGAAAAUGAUGGAAAGCGCCACUCUGGAUAGCAACUGAACGCUGUGGUGGAAGUUGGAAUUGCCGCAAAACACAUUUUUCGUGCCACCCGUGAAUUCGUCACGUUUCACGUGUCAGGUAAAUGGCGCCCGUGCAAAAAUGUUUUCUUUUCCGUCGGCAAAGAAAGGUGGGAAAGAAGUUCAUUUCCGGGGAAAAAGUUGGGAUUACUUUUAAGAUUUAAACAUCUUUCUGGCGGAUGUCUUUUUUUUUUUUUGAAGUCCGUCAAAGGCAAUUGUGUAAAUAAUGUGGACUGACUUAAGUUGUUCAUUCUUUGUGGACUAUUCAAAUCAUGGCCAUUUGUUUUCUUGUCAGCGUGGCCCUCAAGCACCUUUUUAGUCAUGUUUACAUCUUCCCAACACUUUGAUUCAGGUGAGUCCCGUCCAUGACACUUCUUACUUCUUUCAAUACACUCAGGCCUCCAAAUCUUAUCAACUAUUGCUGAUCGUUCAUUAUUUAGACUUCUUUUCCCCCUCCUCGUGAAUGUGAUGUUUGCCAAUCAUGAAGAGACAGCGUGAACAUGACAUUUCCUGUGUGGUAAUUAUUCAUCAAGUGCCUUAUAAAAGUGCCUUAAUAUGUUUGUUUUUUUGUUGAAAAAGUGUCUUAAGAAAUAGUUGAACGCUGUCCUGCUCUGUUUGUUUGUUUUGCGUCUUUUAUUGUGUACCUUUUUAUCUGCUACUCGUUUUAGCGAGUCCAAACGCCCCGUUAUUGUCUUCAUGUCAGCAAUUUUGUGGAAAGUGUCAAAUAUCAUUAAAGUGAACAUUUGU